GGUUCCUGCCUGCGCAGCGCCGUCGCUCACCGUUUCUCCUCUCUGCUCAGUGAAGGUAGAGCAGCGCGUGCCGGGGAGCCGGCGGAGCGCGGGACGGCGGAUCUCGGGACAGGAGCAGGAGCGCUCGUGCAGGAAGUUAUGGGGGACCUACAACUUGUGACAUCGACCCAAAUUUCUAAGGCCAGCGUAACUCUCAGCAGAGGUUCCCAGGCUAUGGAGACCCCCACCUUCACCCUUCCACCUCGCAACAUCAGAGUGAAAUUGGGUGGCACAGCACGCCUUGAUGGGAAGGUAAAAGGACACCCUGAGCCCCAGGUUAUCUGGCACAGGAAUGGCAAGCCAGUGAUCGCUGGAGACCGCCAUGCCAUGGAGCAGAACUCUCGUGGAACCUUCAGCCUGACAAUCCAAACUGUGCAGAUGGAGGAUGCAGGGCUCUAUAAAUGCGAGGCUCUCAGCGAUGCCGGCUGUCGGCAGAUCACAGUGGAGCUCAUGGUGGAAGGGGUGUCUCCAAAUAAAUAUGACCUGCUUUCCUGUAAUAGAACAACAGGGGGGCGUUUUACAGUGCCUGCUAUGGAGAACAAGCCCAGCAUCUGGGGAGAGAGUCCCCCGAAGUUUGUGACAAAGCCCUCCCGUGUCUUCGCAAAAGUAGGGCAGAGCUGCAAGCUCUCCGCCAAGAUCACGGGCCGUCCUCAGCCACAGGUCCUGUGGCUCAAGGGCGACAUGAAGCUGCAGCCAGGUGGGCGAUUCAGUGUGUUUGAGAAAUCGGGAAUCCACUUCCUGGAGAUCCGUGAUGUUAGCACAGACGAUGCGGGGGAGUACACGUGUUUGGUGGUAAACAAUGCAGGGAAGGCCAUGGCAACGGCGGAGCUGACCGUUCAGGGUUCUUCUGUUCAGACAGGCAUUCCAGCAGCUCCUGUGGCUCCUGUUGCAAAAACAACUGACUCUCCUGCUGUCAAGCAUCGAAUAAAUGGUUUGGCAGCUGAACAGAAAGCUGUGACGGGCCAGUGGGACAAGGAAAUGCAAACCUCUACAAGUACUGUGAAGGAGAACAGACCAGCGGCACAUCCCCAGACAGAGGCAUGGAGACAACCUGCCCAGGAGGUGGGAGCGCAGCACUCAGCCAGGACAGCACCCCAAAUCCGAGGCGUGAUGAGAGAACCGCAGGCUAUGGAAAAGUGGACUCCGAAUGGGGCCAGAGAAAUAGUGUCCCCAGGGAGGUCUGAAAGGGAGAGUGGGUUCAAAAUACUCGGAAGUCCUCCUCACUUUGAAAUGAAACCUCAGAACCAAGAUGUUUUCGAAGGGACCAAAGUUGUCUUUAAAUGCCAAGUUUCAGGCUCUCCAGCACCUGUCCUGAGCUGGACCAGAGAUGGAGCCACUCUGAGAAGAGAGGAAGGGCUAAUGAUCCAGCAGGAGGGAAGCAUCCAUCUCCUCUCCUUGGACCGGGUGGGAAAGAAAGAUGGCGGGAUCUACGAGUGCACAGCCACCAACAGCAGAGGGAAGGCAUCAACGAGCUGGAGACUCGGUGUAAAAAGCCCCAGGGUGGAAGUCAAGGCCCCGGUGUUCAGCGGCGCGUCGAGGGACUGUGCCGUGACCGACAGAGACGAAUGUGUCCUUCCACGCUCAGCGGAGGGCAAACCUCUGGCCCAAGUUGCCCGGCUCCCGGGCGACAAGUCUGCGUCACAUGCGCGCUCCUCAUGUGAUGACCACGCAACCCAGCCGGCGGGACGGGGCGUCCGGCCCAAGGACAAGGGUCUGGACACGAGCACGGCAGAGAACAACAGCGGCCAGGCCUCGUGCGUCUCCCAGGGGGGUGUCACAGGGAAGAGAUCGUCUAGGAGGACCGUGACCACCAGUACAGGCGAGGUGAAGAAACCAGAGCCACCCAUGUUCCUCCAAGGCCUGAAGGACCUGCAGGUCAUGGACGGCAGCCAAGUGACCAUGACGGUGGAGGUGACAGGGAGCCCACUACCGAAAGCCAUGUGGCUGCACGAUGGACAGGAAAUCCAGGAGUCGGAGGACUUCCACUUUGAGUGCCAGGGCAACCGGUACCGCCUGCUCAUUCAGGAGGUCUUCCCGGAGGACACGGGGAGGUACACCUGCCACGUAUGGAAUGAGGCUGGGGAGGCACGUUGUGAGGCCACACUCACUGUUCAAGAGCCCCAGGAUGGUGUUCAGCCCUGGUUUAUCACCAAGCCCAAGCCCACAACUGUCUGCCUGGGCCAACAUGCUCUGCUUUCCUGUGCCAUUGCGGGAGACCCCUUCCCAGAAUUCCUAUGGAUGAAGGAUGGCCAGGUGGUGUCUUCUGGGCUGGACUUUGAGAUCCUACAAAAGGAGGACGUGGUCUCUCUGCUCAUCAGGAGGGUGAAGGCUAACCACAUGGGAGACUACAGGAUCAACCUAAAGAAUAAAGUGGGAGAGUGCAACUGUGUGGCCACUCUGAAGGUCAGCCAAGGGACCACAGGGCCUGCGCUGGAGCCCCAGCAGGGGACUGGUUCGAGUGCAGGGGGUGUGGAUAGCGCAGUGUGUGGCAGAGGGUCCACGAGUGAGGUGCAGGAGAGCGAGGAGGCGGCCGGCGUCUGGGGGCUGCUGAAAAGACGCACGGAGACGAGGGAGCGGUGCGAGGACCAGGUGCGGCAGCGCGAGGCUGAGCAGCUGGACUUCCGUGCUGUGCUGGGCAGGCGAGGUGGCACAAGGAGCCCCCCUGGGGAGGAGCCUGCGGAGGAGACCGCUGGCGAGCAGAUGGACCUCAGGGCCAACCUCCGGCGGCCAGUGAAGCCAGGGGCCCUGGGAGAGGAGACGCGCAGGGUUGGCGGCCCACAGCAGGUUGACUUCAGGGCUGUUCUUGGAAAGAAGGGUGGCGUCCGGGCAGGCCCUGCUGCCAGCCCUGAGCCAGCCAAAGAUGCCGCCACUGACUUCAGGUCAUUUCUGGGUAACAAGAAGAAGCAGCCCAACACAGAGAGCCCAGCGGACAGCCCGAGUCCUAAAGCCAAGGCAAGUCAGGUGAAUGAGAAGCAAAAUGACAUCAACUGCGUGGACAGUAGAAUUAUUGACAAAAGAAGCAAGGAGCCCGGCGUGGCGCCAGCGUUCAUCCAGAAGCUGAAGGACGUCACGGCGCUCGAUGGCGAGCGCUUGCAGCUGCAGUGUCAGGUCACAGCCGACCCCCCAGCUGUCAUUACCUGGACUUUAGAUAGGAAGGUUAUCAAGCCGUCCAAAUUCAUCGUACUGUCUAAUGAAGGAGGCCAGUGCUCGCUCACCAUUGACAAGGCCUUGCCGGAAGACGAAGGCCAAUACAAGUGCAGGGCGGAGAACUCUGUCGGCUGGGCCGAGUGCGACUGCACCGUCCUGGUGGAUGACCCGUCGGUCUCCGGCUCCACACCAGCGGACAAGAGGACCAAAAAGAUCUCUGCUCCCACCACAGAGAAUGAGGCCAGGAUAAAGAAGAAGCUCACACCAAAAACACCUCCCAAACAAGCCAUCCCGCCCCAGAUACUACAGUUUCCUGAAGACAUGAAGAUCCUGGCAGGAGAAAAGGUUAAUUUGCUCUGCAAAUUUUCAGGGGCCCAGCCGAUCACCUGCACUUGGCUCAAGUUCCGUAAACCGAUCCAAGCUGGGCAAGGUGACCUAUCCAUAGAAACUACUGAGUCAACGAGUCAGCUGACCAUCUCACCCACCAGGCAGGAGCACUGUGGCUGCUACACCAUAGAGUUACAGAACAAGUUUGGCACCAGGCAGGCUGCUCUCAACCUCACCAUAGUCGACAAGCCUGACCCUCCCGCACGUGUGCCAGCAGCAACGGACAUUCGUAGGUCCUCCCUCACACUGUCAUGGUACGGUCCCACCUACGAUGGUGGCAGCGCGGUGCAGUCGUACCACCUGGAAAUCUGGGACUCGGUGGACCAGGAGUGGAGGCACCUGGUAUCCUGCAACAGCACCUCCUAUGGUGUACAGGACCUGCUGCCUGACAGAGAGUACAAGUUCCGGGUGCGAGCUGUCAAUAUCUAUGGGAUUGGGGAUCCAAGUGCUGAGUCUGAGCCUGUCAAAGUUGGGGAAGAAGAGGAAGAAAACAAAGAGGAGGAUGAGGGUGACAUGUCUGAUGAAGAUGCUGUGAAAGAACCCGAUUACAGAGAUGUGGUCAUUAAAGCAGACCAGAAAGUUAAAGAUUUUUACGAUGUGGAAGAAAGACUUGGAACGGGAAAGUUUGGCCAAGUCUUCAAACUGGUUGAGAAAUCAACUAAAAAAGUUUGGGCGGGAAAGUUUAUCAAAGCUUACUCAGCUAAAGAGAAAGACAAUGUGAGGCAAGAGAUCGACAUCAUGAACUCCCUACAUCAUCCCAAACUUGUUCAGUGCGUAGACGCCUUUGAGGGCAAAUCCGACAUAGUCAUGGUUUUGGAAAUGAUCUCCGGGGGUGAGCUCUUUGACCGGAUCAUCGAUGAGGACUUUGAGCUCACAGAAAGGGAGGUCAUCAAGUACAUGCUGCAGAUCAUCGAUGGAGUUCAGUUCAUCCAUAAGCAAGGCAUUGUGCACCUGGACCUAAAGCCUGAGAACAUCAUGUGUGUUAACAAGACCGGGAGCAGGAUCAAGCUCAUAGACUUUGGCCUUGCACGUCGAAUAGAAAAUGCAGGAUCCCUGAAAGUUCUGUUUGGAACACCGGAAUUCGUGGCCCCAGAAGUGAUCAAUUAUGAACCAAUCAGCUACCCGACAGAUAUGUGGAGCAUAGGAGUAAUCUGCUAUAUCCUGGUCAGUGGGCUAUCCCCCUUCAUGGGGGACAACGACAACGAGACGCUGUCCAACGUCACCUCGGCCACCUGGGAUUUUGAGGAUGAGGCCUUCGAUGAGAUUUCAGAUGAGGCCAAAAACUUCAUCAGCAGCCUUUUGAAGAAAGACAUGAAAGCACGGCUGACGUGCACCGAAUGCCUUGAACAUCCAUGGCUGAAACAGGACACAAAGAACAUGGAGGCCAAGAAGCUGUCCAAGGAGAGAAUGAAGAAAUACAUCUUGAGGAGGAAGUGGCAGAAAACAGGACAUGCAGUUCGAGCCAUUGGUAGACUCUCGUCCAUGGCCAUGCUAGCAGGUGUUAGUGCAAAGAAGGGUAACUCAUCAAUCGAAGAUGUUUCCAGGAAUCUGCUGGAGACUCCUGAGGAUGAGGAGCAGCCACACGUGAAACCCUCCUUCAGCGUAGUGAUCGAGGACGUGGAGGUGGUGGAGGGCAGUGCCGCCCGAUUCGACUGCAAAAUCGAGGGCUACCCUGACCCAGAGGUGGUGUGGUACAAGGAUGACCAGCCCAUAAAGGAGACUCGUCACUUCCAGAUUGACUACGAUGAGGACGGGAACUGCAGCCUGGUCAUUGCGGACGUAUCCGCGGAUGACGACGCCAAAUACACCUGCAAGGCCAUGAACAGCGAAGGCGAGGCCACCUGCACAGCCGAACUCAUUGUGGAGGUCAUGGCAGAGGAGGAAGAAGAGGAGGAGGAAGAGGAGGAGUGACCAGUGCACCGAAUUCCUAUUGAAAUGGACUAACGGCUGCUGCCAUUAGGCACCAAGUCUGUUUACUGGGGAAGCUCAUAUGGAAGAAAAAUAUAUAUCAAAAUAUAGCAUCUGACAAUUUGCAAAUAUUUGAAAAUGGCCCAAAAUACAACAAACAUAUAUCAAAAGUACAUUUAGAAAUAAAUAAAAAUAUUUCCGUCAUUGAAUAAAACAUUUUCGUUAUAUGCCAAAGCACAUGUUAUAUAUUUUUGGGCAAUUUUUAAAUAUUUAAAUAUAUUUCUCUUCCAUGUGCAAGUCAAAUAGGAUAAAAGAUGCUUGGAUCACCCUUUGUUACUUCUGUGCACACACAUUCUCCUACCUAAAUUUAAUGGCAGAUAUCAGGUGUUGAUAGUCACAGCAUCACCGCCAAUGAGUCACAUACAUUCCUGCUGUUUCACUUAGAAUUAAAAAGUAAUAAGGGUAUUUAAAUUAUGUUAUCAAAGAAGGUCACUGAACCCAACGAAAUGACAAACACGUGUCUUGUUUUAUUUCACUUUGCAAGUAAUGUUAUAAAGUAUAUACCAGAAUUUUUGUCCCUUUCAGAAUUUAUUCUGAAGAUACGUAACCACACAGUCCAUAACAUGUUGUCAUUGCAGCAAUUUAGAAUUUUCUCAGCAUGCAGUGGUGCACCAUCUCUGGGAAUUGCUGUUAUACAUUAGAUCAGUUCAAAUAACACUGCAUUUCUUUCAUUUUUAACAAAAACUGUAUCUCUGAAAACUUCCGACGUCCAGUAAUGAGAAUGCUACAACUGUAGUUGCCCACAAUUCAGAAUAAAUUUUUUAUCACAAAAACA